GUCGAAAUGGAUAAGUAAAAUAUAUUUGAACCGCUAAAAAUAAAAAUGAAGUGUUCAAGAGUAAAAAAUCCGUGUAAAAUAUGUUUUCAAUCUGUUAAUAAGAAAAACGGAUUACAAUGUCAAGGAGCAUGCCAAAAAUGGGCGCAUUUUAAAUGUCUAAAUUAUACGCCUGGUAAAAUUCAAGACAUUAAGGCUGGUUUAAUUGAAAUAACUUGUCCAUGUCCGGACUGUAAUAUGUCACCACCCAAGGAGAAACUAGUUAAUCCGCCAUAUACAUGCACUAAUACCAAAUGUCCUGCAAAUAAACUACCGGUUUGUACUUCUAAGGAAUGUCCGAGUAACCGCAAUCCUAUACCUAGAUAUCCGUCUCCACCUGUUGAUAAUAGUCCAAAGGUAUCACCACCAUGUACUCCCCCACCACCACCAAAGUGUACCAUAAGAAAAAUCUCAUCUCCUCACCAAAUUCAAACAAAGCCCAAACAGCAGACAAGGGGUGACCCACACACUUCGAAGUUAAAUCCCCGUUCAUGCUCUCCACCAAGUAGUCCUCCAAUUUCUAAGCCACAAAAACUUGCAAAGCCAUAUCAGCCUCAUAGCCCGUCGCAACAGUUAGUAAAUAAACCCAAUAGACAUGUUUGCAGCCCCAAACAAUCUCAAUCGUGUUCGAAUUUUUCAACUAACUCGACUUGUUCAGAUAAACAAGACAUGGAAAAUCUCCGUGCGAUUUCUUCGGAUUCUCAGGUGAAUGUUGACCCGGAUCAAGUAACGCUGUACUCGGCAAUUGAAAAUUUGUGCACAACAGUCGGUGAACUUUCACAUCAGCUUAAAGAUCUCAUGUGCAAAAUGAAUCGCAUAUAAAUAAAAAC